ACCCUGCACCAAACCACCCCCACCCAAACCAAACCCGCCACCGGUUCUUCCCCACUUCCCAGAGCAUCGCGGGCGAGCACGAGAGGGGUCGCACGCACGCCCGCGACAGCUCCCCCCACGGCCAUGGAUCUCCUGCAGGGGCAGAGCGUGCAGACAACGGUGGCCAUCGCCGUCGCCGUCGUCGCGGUCGCCGCGGGGGGCGCCUUCAUCCUCCUCCGCUCCAGGAAGCCCAAGGGCUGCUUGGACCCUGAGAACUUCAAGAAAUUUAAACUUGUGGAAAAGAAGCAAAUAAGUCAUAACGUGGCCAGAUUUAAGUUUGCUCUUCCUACUCCAACUUCUGUACUGGGUCUUCCUAUCGGUCAGCAUAUUAGUUGCAGGGGACAAGAUGCUACAGGCGAAGAAGUAAUCAAACCUUAUACCCCUACUACAUUGGAUUCUGAUGUAGGGUAUUUUGAACUUGUUAUAAAGAUGUACCCUCAAGGAAGAAUGUCUCACCAUUUCCGUGAAAUGAAAGUUGAUGAUUAUAUGUCUGUGAAAGGACCUAAGGGUCGUUUCAGGUACCAAGUUGGGCAAGUGAGAGCAUUUGGAAUGCUUGCUGGUGGAUCAGGCAUCACUCCGAUGUUCCAGGUUGCAAGGGCAAUUCUUGAGAACCCUAAUGAUAGCACAAAAGUUCAUUUAAUCUAUGCAAAUGUCACUCAUGAAGACAUUCUUCUGAAGGAAGAACUGGACAACUUGGCCAAAACCUACCCUAAUCGCUUUAAGAUCUACUACGUCUUGAAUCAGCCUCCCGAAGUCUGGAAUGGUGGUGUUGGGUUUGUGUCACAGGACAUGAUUAAAGUUCAUUGUCCAGCACCUGCUGAGGACAUUCAAAUCUUGAGAUGUGGUCCUCCUCCGAUGAACAAGGCAAUGGCUGCGCACCUUGAUGAGCUCGGGUACACCAAGGAGAUGCAGUUCCAGUUCUAAGCUCUCCUAAUGGCGGAUUACCAUAAUAAUGAACCUAUGGCCUGAGCUGUCUUUGGUCAUGGAGACGUCGUCUGACCUCUUUUGGUAGUUGACAACAAUACAUGAUUUAGUCGUGAGCCCACAGUUUAUGUAUCAUUCCAUUUUUACGGGCAAGUGUUAUCUGCAAUUGGCAGAAGCCCACAUUCCUGACUGUUGACUAUCAUAUGGUUUACAACCUGAUUGCCUGAACAUUUGAUGAAUGGAUGCUACACUGCGUACAAAAGGGUA